GGCCCGGCCCCGGCGGCGCUGCUCGCUCCCAGGCGGCUGUGUGACAGACAGACGGCGCAGCGCAGCGCGGACUGUAAACAUGGCGGCGUGCAGAGCCACAAGCCCGCGCCGCUGUUCGCCUCCUUAACUGAAGCCUGUAGAGUCGAGACAGCUGAGUCAUGGAGACCGAGGAAGAGCAGCACAUGACGACGCUCUUGUGCAUGGGCUUUCCGGAUCCCGUCGCCAUUCGGAAAGCGCUGCGUCUGGCCAAGAACGACAUCAACGAGGCCGUGGCUUUCCUGACCAACGAGAGCCCCGGACUCGGCUUUGGCUAUGAGCCGAUGGAGAGCGGCCCCAGCCCGGGCUCAGGGCCCGGCGGAGACCGCGACACCAGCGGGAGGACCGGCAGCAGCAGCAGCAGCGGUGGCGGCGGCGGAGGCGGAGGAGGAGGCAGCGGCGGCUUCGACCCUCCUCCCGCUUACCACGAUGUAGUAGAAAGCGAGAGGGCUAACGAUGAGAAUGGGAACUGUUCAGGGGGCAAUAUGGAGUUUCCCACCACCAACCUGUACGAGCUGGAGAGCAGGGUGUUCACUGACCACUGGUCAAUCCCAUACAAGAGAGAGGAGUCACUGGGGAAGUGUCUCAUCGCCUCCACCAGCCUCGCCAGAAUGGGCCUGGCUGAUGCAGAUGAGAACUGUAAGAGAUUCAUGGACAGAUGCAUGCCCGAGGCCUUCAAAAAGUUGUUGAUGUCAAGUGCAGUGCAUAAGUGGGGCACAGAGAUCCAUGAGGGCAUCUACAACAUGCUGAUGCUGCUAGUUGAUCUAGUGGCAGAGAGGGUCAAACAGGACCCCAUCCCUAUUGGCCUAAUGGGAGUACUCACUAUGGCUUUUAACCCCGAUAAUGAGUAUCACUUUAAGAACCGUAUGAAGGCGAGUCAGAGGAGCUGGGCCGAGGUGUUUGGGGAAGACAGCAUGUUUGCCGUCUCUCCCAGCUCCAGUUACCAGAAGGAGCCUCACGGAUGGCUGGUGGACCUUGUGAAUCGGUUUGGAGAAAUGGGUGGCUUCACUGCCAUUCAGAGCAAGCUGAAUCAAGAGGAGAUGGAGAUUGGGUGUGUGUCUGCGCUGGUGCAGCCGCUUGGUGUGUGUGCAGAGUACCUGAACUCCAGCCUGGUCCAGCCAAUGCUGGACCCGGUCAUCCACAAGAUGAUCACAUAUGUGCAGAAUCUUGAAGAGAAAGACCUAAAGGACAAGAGGUUGGUGAGCAUUCCAGACCUUCUCUCCGCCAUCAAACUGCUAUGCAUGAGGUUCCAGCGGGAGCUGGUCAAUGUGGUGGAUGACCUGAGGUUGGACAUCCUCCUGCGGAUGCUCAAGACCCCUCACUUCAGCGCCAAGAUGAACUCACUCAAAGAGGUCACCAAGCUGAUAGAGGAGAGCACGGUGUCUAAGACAGUGAAGAACGCCAUAGAUACGGACCGGCUCCUCGACUGGCUGGUGGAGAACUCGGUCCUCUCGAUAGCACUGGAAGGAAACAUUGACCAGGCGCAGUAUUGUGAUAGGAUAAAGGGAAUCAUUGAGCUGUUGGGCAGUAAACUCUCACUGGAUGAGCUUUCAAAGAUCUGGAAAAUACAAUCUGGCCAGUCCUCCACCGUCAUAGAGAACAUCCACAACAUCAUCGCCGCAGCAGCCGUCAAGUUCAACUGCGAGCAGCUCAACCACCUCUUUGUCCUCAUACAAAAAAGCUGGGAGGUUGAGACUGAUCGAGUCAGGCAGAAGCUUUUGAGUCUGAUCGGGAAGAUCGGCAGAGAGGCACGCUCGGAAACAACAACAGGAAAGGUGUUGGAGGUGCUCUGGGAGUUGGCCCAUCUUCCUACUCUUCCCACCACUCUGGUCCAGCAGGCCCUGGAGGAACACCUGACCAUCCUGAGCGAUGCCUACGCUGUCAAAGAAACUGUCAAGAAAAGCUACAUCAUCAAGUGUAUCGAGGACAUCAAGAAGAUACAAAUACAGGAGGAUUCAAAGUCUACCAGCGAGAUACAGGUGUCUUUUUUUACUGGCUCCUGGGGCAAGAAGAAACCAGCCUGGGCUAAAUCAUCCCAGCAGAGUAACCCCCAAUCAGUAUGGGUUGUUCCAGCCCUACGGCAGCUCCAUGAGAUUACUCGCUCCUUCAUCAAGCAGACAUACCAGAAACAGGAUAAGAGUAUAAUUCAGGACCUGAAGAAGAAUUUUGAGAUCGUGAAGCUGAUCACAGGCUCUCUAGUGGCAUGCCAUCGUCUGGCCGUGACAGCCGCUGGCCCCAGUGGUCUCUCAGGGUCCACUCUGGUGGAUGGACGAUACACUUAUCAAGAGUAUUUGGAAGGGCAUCUGAAGUUUUUGGCAUUCUUUCUACAAGAAGCCAGUUUGUACUUGGUGUGGAACAGAGCUAAAGAGAUCUGGGAGUGCUUGGUGUCUGGCAUGGACGUGUGUGAGCUAGACCGGGAGAUGUGUUUUGAAUGGUUCACUAAAGGACAACAUGAUCUUGAAAGUGAUGUUCAGCAACAACUCUUCAAAGAGAAGAUCCUUAAACUUGAGCCUUAUGAGAUUACUAUGAACGGGUUUAAUCUUUUUAAGACCUUCUUUGAGAAUGUGAAUCUCUGUGAUCAUCGUCUCAAACGGCAGGGAACUCAACUGUGUGUGGAGCGCUUAGACCUAAUCGGGAUGGACUUCAUCUGGAGAAUUGCCAUGGAGUCUCCUGAUGAGGACAUCGCCAACGAGGCCAUUCAGCUCAUCAUCACCUACAGUUACAUAAAUCUUAACCCCAAAAUGAAGAAGGAUUCAGUGUCCUUACAUAAGAAGUUCAUAGCUGAUUGUUAUAAGAGGUUGGAGGCUGCCAGCUCUGCCCUGGGUGGCCCAACCUUAACCCAUGCUGUUACACGAGCAACCAAGAUGUUGACAGCUACUGCCAUGCCAACCGUCGCCACAUCAGUGCAAUCACCCUCCAGGUCUACUAAGCUGGUUAUCAUUGAGCGGCUGCUGUUACUGGCUGAGAGAUAUGUCAUUACUAUCGAGGAUCUGUACUCUGUUCCUCGGACUAUUCUACCUCAUGGAGCUUCUUUCAAUGGCCACCCUGUAACGCUCCACAUAACCUACGAAUCUACCAAAGACACUUUCAGCUUGGAGGCUCACAGUAAUGAGACAGUUGGGAGCAUCAGGUGGAAGAUUGCAGAACAGCUUAGCUGUCCGGUGGACAAUGUGCAGAUAUUCGCCAACGACAGCAUGCUGACCAUGAACAGGGACCAGAAGCUGUUGAAUCAGCUGGGUUUCUCCGAUGAGCAGAGUCUGACAGUGAAGAGCUCAGGAACUGGCACUCCAUCAGGCAGCUCGGCAGACAGCUCGGCCUCCGCCAGCUCCAGCAGCAGCGGAGUCUUCAACUCAGCAUAUGCACUGGAGCAGGAGAAGUCUCUGCCUGGUGUCGUGAUGGCGUUAGUGUGUAACGUGUUUGAGAUGUUGUAUCAGCUGGCUAACCUAGAGGAGCCUAGAAUAACUUUACGUGUGCGGAAGUUGUUGCUGCUCAUCCCAACUGAUCCGGAGGUGCAGGAUGCCCUGGAUAACUUUGUACCAAAAGAGUCCAGUGUGUGGAGCCACCAGAAAACUCUGUUCACAUUGGGUUCUGGAUCUCAGGCCUCCAAGUCUCCAUCUCUGUCCAGCAAGCAGCAGCAUCAGCAGAGUGCAGCAUCCAUCCUGGAGUCAUUGUUCCGCUCCUCUGCCCCGGGCAUGUCCACUUUCAGAGUGCUCUAUAAUCUUGAGGUGCUGAGCUCAAAAUUGAUGCCUACCUCAGAUGAUGAGAUGGCAAAGACUAGUGUGAAGUCCUUCUGUGAGAAUUUUCUCAAAGCUGGAGGUCUUAGUCUGGUGGUUAAUGUCAUGCAGAGGGACUCGAUCCCCUCUGAAGUGGACUAUGAGACCAGACAGGGAGUCUACUCCAUCUGCCUGCAGCUUGCAAGAUUCUUACUAGUAGGACAAACAAUGCCAAGCAUCCUGGAUGAAGAGUUGAGUAAAGAGGGUGUGGACACACUGUCCUCUCGGCCCUUUCGUAAUGCGGGCAGGCAGAGCGGACGGCAGCUCUCGCUCUGUGGAACGCCGGAGAAAUCCUCCUACAGACAGAUGUCCAUGUCUGAUAGGUCCUCCAUUAGAGUAGAGGAGAUUAUACCAGCAGCACGUGUUGCCAUUCAGACAAUGGAGGUGGGAGACUUUACUUCUACAGUGGCCUGCUUCAUGCGCCUCACCUGGGCUGCAGCUGCUGGCCGAUUGGACCUCGUGGGCAGCAGCCAGCCAAUCAGAGAGAGCACCAAUUCUCUGCUGCCUCUGGGAGUCCGUAGCAGGGUUAGCAGCACAGGCAGUAACUGCAGCUCCAGCAGUGAAGGAGAGGUCACCACAUUGCAGGCCGGCAUCUGUGUCAAACAACAGUGUGUGUCCAUUAAAGAUACAAUCAUCGCUCGAGAAGCUCUUUCACUCUUGGUCACCUGCCUGCAGCUUCGCUGUCAACAGCUUUCUUCUUUCUAUAACCUGCCCUGUGUGAAUGAUUUUAUCAUCGAUAUUCUGCUGGGAUCUCCCAGUGGAGAGAUCCGGCGGGUGGCAUGUGAUCAGCUGUACACUUUGAGUCAGAGUGAUACAUCAGCAUAUCCAGAGCUGCAAAAGGCCAAUCUGUUUCUGCUAAAGGUGGUGUUGACUGCCCAGCUCCCACUCUGGUCUCCCACCAGUGUCAUGAGGGGCAUCAACCAGAGGUUGCUUUCACAAUGCACAGAGUAUUUUGACCUGCGAUGCCAACUUCUGGAUGAUCUGACUAACUCGGAGAUGGAGCAGCUGCAGAUCAGCCCAGCAGCCAUGUUGGAGGAUGAGAUCAGCUGGCUGGAUAACUUUGAGCCAACGUGGACCAGUGAGCUGGAGACCAGCGAGGCUGACAACAUCCUGCAGGCCGGCCAUCUGCGCCUCAUUAAGACCCUGCUCUCGCUCUGCGGCAAUGAGAAGGAGCAGUUUGGCCCCUCCCUUAUCCAGCAGCUGCUGGAUGACUUCCUGUUUCGAGCAUCACGCAUUAUCCUGAAUAGCAACAACCCUUCCAGCAGCACAGCCCCUCUCCAUGACUUCCACCCAAAGUGCAGUACAGUCAGCAGUCGGUUAGCAGCGUAUGAGGUGUUGGUGAUGUUGGCUGACAGCUCUAUCACCAACUUGCAGCUUAUCACUCGAGAGCUGCUCUCUAUGCACCACCAGGCCGACCCCUCUCUCUCUAAGGAGUUCGAUUACCUCCCACCGGUGGAUGGCCGCUCCAUAUCGGGGUUCGUGGGGCUGAAGAAUGGUGGGGCGACCUGCUACAUGAACGCUGUCUUUCAGCAACUCUAUAUGCAGCCUGGCUUACCUGAGGCGAUCCUGUCGAUAGAAGAUGACACCGAGAACCCAGAGGAGAGUGUGUUCUGUCAAGUGCAGUCCCUUUUUGGCCAUCUGAUGGAGAGCAAGUUGCAGUACUACGUACCUGAGAACUUCUGGAAGAUCUUUAAGAUGUGGAACAAGGAGCUGUAUGUGCGAGAGCAGCAGGAUGCCUACGAGUUCUUUACCAGCCUCGUGGACCAGUUGGAUGAGCAUCUGAAGAAAAUUGGAAGAGAGCAGAUCUUCAAAAAUACAUUCCAGGGUAUUUUCUCUGACCAGAAAAUAUGCAAAGACUGUCCACACAGAUAUGAGCGUGAGGAAACCUUCAUGGCACUGAAUCUAGGGGUGACGUCAUGUCAGAGUUUGGAGAUUUCUCUCGAUCAGUUUGUCAGAGGAGAGGUGCUGGAGGGCAGCAAUGCUUACUAUUGUGAGAAAUGCAAAGAGAAGAGGACUACAGUGAAGCGCACAUGUAUUAAGUCAUUGCCCAGUGUGCUGGUUAUCCAUCUCAUGCGAUUUGGCUUCGACUGGGAGAGUGGACGCUCCAUUAAAUACGACGAACAGAUAAGAUUCCCGUGGGUGCUGAACAUGGAGCCGUACACAGUGUCUGGCAUGGCUCGACAAGACUCCAGUUCAGAUCACGGAGAGAACAGCAGGGGGGGAGAGGCUGGGCCUGGAGGCUCCCCACGCAAGAAAGUCACCAUUUCUGAGAACUAUGAACUUGUGGGAGUGGUGGUACACAGCGGUCAGGCACAUGCAGGACACUACUACUCCUUUAUAAAAGACCGCAGGGGGGGUUCGCGAAGCAGAUGGUACAAGUUUAACGAUAACGUUGUUGAAGAGUUUGACAUGAACGAUGAAACCCUGGAGUACGAGUGUUUUGGUGGAGAGUACAGACCCAAAGUCUACGAUCAGUCUAACCCAUAUCCAGAUGUGCGGCGACGCUACUGGAAUGCUUAUAUGCUGUUUUACCAGCGCAUCAGUGAGCAGAACUCGCCUGUGUUACCCAAAAAGAGCCGCGUCAGCGUCAUGAGACAGGAAGCCGAGGACCUGUCCCUGUCUGCCCCAUCCUCUCCUGACAUUUCCCCCCAGUCAUCCCCACGACCCCCCAGAGCCAAUAAUGACCGGCUCACUCUGCUCACCCGGCUGGUCAGGAAGGGCGAGAAAAAGGGCCUCUUUGUGGAAAAGAUGCCUGCCAGGAUCUUCCAGAUGGUGAGGGAUGAGAACCUAAAAUUCAUGAAGAACAGAGAUGUGUACAAUAGUGAUUACUUUAACUUCACCCUGUCACUGGCCUCCGUCAACUCGACGAAGCUGAAGCAUCAAUCCUAUCAGGCCAUGGCGAAGACCAGCCUGCAGCUGGCUGUGCAGUUCCUGUUCCACACUUACCUGCGCACCAAGAAGAAGCUUCGGGUUGAUACAGAGGAGUGGAUAGCUACAGUGGAGAUGCUGCUGUCUAAGAGCAGUGAGGCAUGUCGGUGGAUGGUGCAGUAUCUGGUGGCCGCUGAGGGACGGGAGAUAAUCAAGAACUGCCUGUUGGAGUGUAAUGUGCGGGAGGUGCGUGUAGUGGUGGCCUCCAUCCUUGAGAAAACUUUAGAGAGUGCACUAUGUUUCCAGGAUGCAGGGCUGGACUGCCUUUUAGACAUGCUGCUCUCUUUGCUUGACAAGGACGUACCAGAGAACUGCAAAAACUGCUCACAGUACUUCAGCCUGUUUAGUAACUUUGCACAGAGGGGAUUCGGGCCUUGUCAACUACUGUUAAAGCAUGCUGCUUAUCGAAGGAUGCUCAUCUUCCUGUUGGGUCCUAAUAGACAGAACAAUCAGAACCGCCGGUGGAAUUCAGCUCAGGCACGAGAGUUCCUACACUUGCAUAACACGCUUGCCCUGGUGGUGCUACACACAGACCUCACAUCUCAGAGAACAGAGACUCCUGGAACGUUCAAACAUAGCUCCUCUGGCCUAGUGUCUUCAACCUCACUCCUGCCACUGCACCCAGAUGUCAACACACUGCUGUUCAAACCUGAGGGACAGCCUUACCUUAUGGAGGUAAUGUUUGCUAUGCGUGAGCUGUCUGGACCGCUGUCCUUCCUCAUAGAGAUGGUGACAUACUGCUGCUUUUGUAACGAGCCUUUCUCUCUGGGAGUGCUACAUCUGCUUAAGAAUCAGCUGGAGACAGCUCCUCCUCACGAGCUCAAGAAUGUCUUCCAAAUGCUUCUGGAGAUUCUGAUGGUAGAGGACCCUCUGCAGUCCCAGAGACUCAAAUAUGCAUUCGAAUCUGAGAAAGGGCUUCUGGCUUUGAUGCAUCAGAGCAACAAUGUGGACAGCAGCCGCUGCUACCAGUGUGUCAAGUUCCUCGUCACUUUAGCUCAGAAGUGUGCUCCUGCUAAAGACUACUUCAAGGAGCUGUCAGGGCACUGGAGCUGGGCAGUGCAGUGGCUGCAGAAAAAGAUGUCAGAACAUUACUGGACACCUCAGAGUAACGUGUCCAAUGAGACGUCCACGGCUAAAACCUUCCAGCGGACCAUCUCAGCACAGGAUACAUUGGCCUAUGCCACAGCUCUGCUGAAUGAAAAGGAACAGUCUGGCAGCAGUAAUGGCUCUGAUGGCAGCCCAGCUAAUGAGAACUCAGACCGCAGCCUCAGACAGGGAUCGGAGUCUCCUAUGAUGUUGGGUGAUUCUAAGAGUGAUUUAGAAGAUGUUGACCCCUAGCUCUCUUCAUCAGCAAUAGGGGCACUUUUUUACACAAGCAAAAAACAAGAUUCCCUCCAAUGGAGAGAUAUUGUAGCUCCAAGCAGCCAAUCGAAAGACUGCAUUUGACCUCCUGGGUGGCACAAAACGGAUAAUCGGGAAACAAGAGGCACAAACCCAGCCAAUGAGAUUUCUCACUGCAGGUUGCUCUAAAGUAAAGAAAUGGAAUAAAUGGUCGUGGCUGGUCAAGGCAGUGGCUGAGGUUGAUAAGACCGGAGCUCAACUCCCACUGGAUAUCGUGUGUUUACUGAGAUCCCAUCAUGUAGCCUGAGCUCAGUAGAACAUGGAGGAGGUUUUUGUUUUGUGUCACUUUUCACACACGUGCAGGAUUUAGUGGUGCUGAGGAAGGGUGUUUUAAACAACAGAAAAAGGAAAGAAAAAGAAGACUGUUUGUGGAUAUUUGCCAAUAUAAUAAGAGAUGCAUUCAUGAAAAAUUUAAAGCUGUGUUCCAUAGGUGUAAUUUCAAAUGUAAAAUAAUAUUUUUAAGAAUUCUAUACUUUUUUCUUUUGUUUGAGAGGUGCCUCGUAAUCAACUCUAAGAGGAACUUGCUACUCUUAGCUACUUAAAUGACAGUUGUUCUCUCUCUCUCUCUCUCUCUCUCUCUCUCUCUCUCGCUGGUAUUUUUUUAAAUGCACUUUAUAUAUGACUUCAUUUUGUCAGGUCUGAGAAGGUGACAUUUGACAGGCGAUUGAGUGGCCAUGUUCUUUGCUGCUUUGCUUUUUUUCAUUUUUUUUUUUUUUCGUUUUGGCACUGUCAGGAAGAGGGCAUUGUGUAUUUCAUAGAAUUCACAACAACUGUCAUAACUGAUACAGUAUCCUUGGAAAUUAAGAGCCUGUUUCCAGACAUUUUGAAGUUUGGCUAAACUUGUGGAGUUCAUUUGGAGAGCUUCAGCUGUCUGCAUAUAGCUUUCUUUCAAAAACCUAUAGCCCAUCUACUUCCACAAGAUGACACAAGGAACUUGUAUGUAAAAAGAAAGUAUUGGAAAAUGUCUGGAAAUCUUCCUGAUUUUGAUUUUCCUUUCAAAAUGACAAGUGCCAGAACGAACCAAUCGGCGUCUUAUUGUGGAGGUGAAAUUUCACAAUCAUGCUCUAUCUGCUGUUUUUUUCCCUCUUUGGUAAUGUGUUUAUCUCAGGCUUGCUGCAGUGGGUCUGCCCCUGCAGCCUGUUAGUUUUCAUGUGGAUGCCAAUAUAAAUGACACGUACACACACAUGCACACAGACACACACUCUCUCACUCACUCCUGGACCUCUCUAGGCUCUUUUGUGUUACUGUAUGUGUAGACGGAGAAAAUGUGUUUAUAUUAUUCACUGUUGCUGCAUCUGUCCAGAACACUUACUCACCAAAUCACAUACACAUGCACAUCAACAAACAUCCAAUGCCUACUGAGAGCCCGGGGUGAGCUAGUCAGAUCACACAGCCAACCUCACACUCGUUGCUUUGAGCUUUAACUUGGAUGCUUGUUCAGGGGUUUUCUUUGCCAAGAGCUAUUUUAUAGUUAUUUGCCUGUAUUUGUUUGUCCAUGUCUGUCUGCCUUAUACCAUGUGCAUAUGUGGUACAUACACACAACAACAACAACAACAACAACAACGGCACUGUUGCCAAAAGAAAGAAAAGGAGUGUAGAGGAGGAACUUGAGUGCCAAGGACUAUUUGGUGCUUGCCAUGAUGUUUGGCCUUUAGUUAUGCUGACUGUAUUCCUCUCUCUCACUCUCAUUCUCACUCUCAGUCUCUCUCAUCCUCUCACCUCCUUUUCAUGCUCCAGACUGGAGCCAGGAUCUCAGCAAAGUGUCAGGGCCAGUUGCUGCUUAUUUUGUAUUUAGUCUAGUACACUUUAGCGACAUUCAUACAAUGUUUACAAAAGAACCUAUCUCAGCACUGCAUUGCAUAAAGGCAUUUGUUUUCUGAGAGAAAUGGAAAGGGAUGCUGCGUGACUCAUCAUUUAAUAGCCAACAUAAUUGUGCUGUUUUAGAGCCUAAACUGAGUGAUGACAAUGGAGCAAAAAACUAGAGAAGAGAAAUGCUGUCGUUUAAUCCGGUAUCACCAGUCAUUGUUAGUGUGUUACUUCGCUUAUGCAUGUAUGUUUGUGAAUGUAAGUGUGAAACCUUGACAUUAAUCUCUUUGGGUAAAUGUAUUUUGGAGUGAUAACAAUCACCAUGAAACAAAUAGAGGGUCUUAUUGCUCCUGAUGCCAUAUGACUCUCUUGCUCUUUUUCUAAACAAUCAACAAACUACAGUUAUCUCCUGUAGUUAAAUCAUUGUAACAGCAUAGGUCAGACGAACUCAGUGCUUUUUUCGGGUUUUUGGAUAAUCUGAUGCUGAAAUCCACAUGUAGCUAUAUUUCAGUCUCCCAUUAGACCUGGCUUGUCACUUUUCAAUGGUAAUGUGGACCUGCUUUCAGCUUCUGACUUCCUUUAUCAGACUGUCCCAUCAACAAUCAGCUUGCAUCAGCCCCAGGAUUGGACAGAUUCUUGAAUGUCACUCAACACUGGAUCUUUUUUUAUUUGGCCAAAUAGAAAUGAAAACAAAACAAGAACUACUCUAGGUACAGGCUUGAGUAAAGAAGACACACCAAAACACUUUGAAUUCAGAUUCUAUUGUAUUUCCAUUCGAUAUACUAGUGUUACCCUCUUUUGAGCCUUUUUUUUUAAAUGUUGAUUGACUGGAGCUGGAGACACUUAAAUGGUUUUAUUACUUGCACCUCUGCCGAGUGUGUGGAUGAUCAGAAUUCAAAAAUGCAUGUUCAAACCACAUUUUAAUUUGUAAAUGAGAGUUUGAUUAUGGGAACUAUUUGAUAUAAAAAUGAAUAAAACUGGAAUGCAGAACA